UUCUAAUUCUAUUUGUAGAGCAUUAUCUAUCAGUAUCUUGUGAUAAAUAGUAUAACAGAACGUAUAAGUGCUAACGAUUUGUCGUUAUAUUUCUUUAUACCUACAGUACCACUUUACCAAAGAUAACUAUCGAUACGAAUACGAAUAAACAACGAUAUUUCAUAUAUCGAGGCAGAGUUCAUUUUACGUCGCAGUAACUUCACCUAAUGUAAAGUUAUGUAAUUUUUUGUUAAAAAUCAACAAUUUUGCAAGCAGUUUUAAUAAAUCACUAAAUGUGAAUCGGCCGCAUCCUUGUGGUGACGUCCCAGAUCCUUGUUCGAUCCUUGUGACGUCACAAGGCCCCGGUUUUCGGGGGUCCCGCCUUGAGCCUCAAGAAACGUAUAUUCAGAUUUCACGGUUUAAAGUUAAUCCGAUUAAUGUCACGCACUGAAUAGAAUGUUUCCGUGUUAAUUGUCAAAUGUCUUCAUCUAUGAUCGAAAGUAUGUCUUCGUCUCUUACAAUAUUUUUAUUUAUAUUCUUAUUUACUGCAGUUUGACCACAGUUUGACAUUAAGACGACGUGUCCUAACCACAAACUAGUUUAAAUGAUUCAACUAUUUUGGAGAUAAUAAGAUUACUUUUUUAGUGUUAUAAUUGCAUUAUGUUUCAAUUUAUAGUACUUUUACUCGCAGUAAUCGUUUUCUUAUAUGUAGAUAGUCAAAGACCACCUCCAGGAGUCAAUCCUCAACAUUAUCAACAGCAACAAUAUCAACAUCAACCUCAGUAUCAAGUACCACAGCAACACCAAUAUCAACAGCAAAAUGUUCCCGUUCAACAACCUCCGGUUCAACAAGCACCCAUUCAGCAGCAGUAUCAACAGGUUCCUGUACAACAGUACCAGCAAGCUCCCGUGCAGCAGCAGGUACCUCAACAACAAGUUCCGAUGCAACGCCAACCAGCAGGGCAUGGACAUGGCCAUGAUCACGGUCACCAACGACAAGUAUUUAAUGCAGAUAAUAUCGCACAUGAAAAAGAACAUAUUCAAGAGCACAUGGAGGUUCCUAUAGAUACCAGCAAGAUGUCAGAUCAAGAACUCCAAUUCCAUUAUUUUAAGAUGCACGAUUCUGAUAAUAACAAUAAGUUGGAUGGGUGCGAGCUAAUAAAGUCUCUGAUUCACUGGCAUGAGCAGGGCAGUAAGGAAAAGCAGGGUGAAAUCGAAGAGAAAAUCUUCAAAGACGAAGAACUGGUAAAUCUUAUUGAUCCCAUACUCAAUGUAGACGACACGAAUAGGGAUGGCUUUAUUGACUAUCCUGAGUUUAUCAAAGCCCAGCAAAAAGCUGCUGGGCAAAAACAAGAUAAACCCCAGCAUUAAACUUGAUCAUGAAUCCGGUUCGAAGAAAGAAGAAAACAUAAAAAUUUGGUCCGAUGAGGAACUGCAAACUAAUAUCGAUAGUCUAUUACAGAUUUACGACCGCAAUUAUGAUGGGGAAAUAACUUGGGUUGAGUUUGCUGCCCAAAAUCUGCUUUAGUGGCAUAAAGACAUAUUUUUUAAUUUUUAUAAUGAAAACGUCCCUUAUAGAAUAAAGUUUUUUGCAUAAACUCUUAUGCGACUGCUAAAUAUUUUCGUUUGUUUUUGUUUUGUUUUGUAUGUUUUCCAUUUUAUAGUGGGGCACUAUUGUUUGUUUUCCACUUAACUUAUAAACCAUGUGUGUAGUUCGAAUACACGAUUAUUUUUAUUUUUGUAUCAAGGACUGAUUUAUAAGUAUGUUGAAGUAAAACAAUUUCGUCCAUAAUAUGAUUAGGUAUAUUCUCUUAUUUAACUGUGGGGUUGUGUAAUGAUUAUGGAUUCGUAAUUUGUACAUAUGAUUUGUAUCAGAUGAAAUAAAAAGUCAUGUGUGUUUCCACGAAUUUAUGAAA